UGACAUAAUCCGUAACUUCUGGUUCAUUUGCCUCCAAGCAAGAUCACCUCCAGCUCAGGACUUGAGUCGUCGGGUCUAGCGCCUGAAGCUGAAGCCCUACUGGAGUAUCGGAUAAGGUCUUUCAAAACCACAGCUACGAAGUAGCACGUCACGACAGCGAAGUCUUCAUUUUUUCGCGGCGCAAGCGCUUGGCUUCACGCGAUGCGAUCUACCCCUCACCUGGACGUCCUGCCACCCUUGGUCGAAGCAGGGAAAACCGAUGAACUGGUUGAGUCUGGAAGGACACUCUUCACAGCCGUAUCGCCUUUGAAUGAUUCAUACGCUGUGUUCCUAGUUCCACUAUUCGAGAAGCUGUCCACGCGACCAAAACCCACCGAUUCAGAUGAACAAAAUGUCUAUUUUGUUAGCUCAAAGCCUCCACCUUCUACAGAACGCCGUUUAUUCAUUGGAGAUACCUCUAUCAUCUUUGCUGCGAUGCAAAACCUCACCAAAACGGUGGAUAAGAAUGGUGUAUACUCGACCCAACAAGAAAGUAUUCAACGUAGCAUCCGAAAGUUAGCAUUGGAUUAUGUUAAUUUUGCGAGGGAAUGCUGGAUACAUACAUCCCGAAUGGCAGGGGAAAUAGAUCAGGCAGACGCUGAUCAUUACAGGAGUUUGUAUACUUGCUUGUCGCUCUUUACCAUUCUUUACUUGCCCGAGUAUGGAAUGGAAAAUGCACCCGUUGGUGACGAUUUGAUGGAGUGGCUUAACAUCCACUUCAUCGAACCUUCUACUGAAGAAGGUGAUCAUCUGUCUGGCUUGGAGCGCCCGUGGGAAGACGAAACCUUUUGGCCAUAUUUAACUAGGGCUAUAUUACGGGGACUUCCCAAGGCAGUGGCCUUCUUUUUGGGGACGUUGGCGGAGCACCCAUCUGGGAAUUUGCGGAGAUUGGCCCAAAGCAUCAUUCCUUUACUUUCCACCCAACCAAAACUCCAACAUUUUGAUGCUGAACGCGACUUUGCGUAUGCUUCCCACCGGUGGAGAGAGAAAGUCAAGAUGCUCCGCAUUGAGCUUGACGAUGUUCCCGAGUCUGACAGACGAGACAGCUUCGAGGAUUGGUGGGAUCGCUUCAGCGAUAUUGUUGGUAUUUUAGAGGGACGUGAGGAGGUGAUACGGAAGGUGUGCGAAGACCUCGGGGCAGACUGGAGAGAGGUUUGCGUUGCCUGGGGCGUCUUUGUGGACACGAGACUUCGGCGCCAGGAUCUACCGGACGUUGUUGCUCAGGUGCUAGAAGACAUGCCCCCUGAUCCCACCAUCUUAGAAGAUAUGGUCCACGUGGCUCUUUUCAUGGGAGAUCCAUUAAAAGCACUAGAACAUGCUGCACAACUUGAUCCAUGGCUUUCUGCCCAUUUGGCGGAUAUGAUGGAACCGCUCUCAUUAGUAGAACAACAGGCGGUGAAUGAUGAGUCGGAGCUCAGUGUUAGAGAGUUCUACGUGCUUUCUUAUACCCACUACCUCCACUCCGAUCCCGCGAUGUGGAGGAUCACGGUUUCCUACAUGUACUCUUGUGGGAAAGUGGGAGCCGCCGCUGCGGACGAGAUCCUGGUUCGCGUGCCUCUGCGACUGCAAAGCAAGCCCUCAAACACUAACGACAGUAGUCACAGUCAAGCCGAUCAAGGUGACCUCUCCGCAGUUGUGAAGGACGUCAACGCUACUUGUCACGAAUACCAAAGGGAAGCUGCGCGGAGGACGGUUUGUAAAAUCGCUGCUCAGACGUUUGUACAAAGGAAGGAAUACGGCCUUGCAAUAUCAUACUAUUCCUCAGCAGAAGAUUGGCCGGGCCUUGGUCGAGUGAUCGAUCGUGUCCUGCAAGAGUAUAUUCGUUCAGGACCGGAGCAGUACACAAAGUUCGUAUCUGGCAUUGCCCCGUCUUUGCAGGGGCUGCGCGCAAACUCCGCAGCGCAUGGUGUCUUCAUCCAUCGGUUGAUGUUUGCUGUGCGAUAUGCCGAGUUCCAUCAACGACUGUUGAAUAGAGACCUUCAAGAUGCCGCUUGGGAUCUGGUGUCUAUGCUUCAGGAAGGCAUUGCACCGAAGGCUUGGUGGGCGGUCUUACUUUGUGAUGCCAUUGAGUUGCUCCAGUAUGACCCUACUCCACUAUUCUCGUACGCAAGCGCAUGCACACUGUUGCGAGAUUUGGACGAAAUCAUUUCCAGGACAGCACAAGGGGCAGGCGAAGACUAUCUCAAAAUUUUGGAAUCUAAACUCCAAAUCGAUGGGCAAAAAGACUCCCAGAAGCAGCUGCAGUUGGUUCGUUUUGCCUUGGCGAAAUACUUUGCCAGGUGCGCUAUGAUCGGCACAGGUGGUACCCAGACGGUUCGCAGAAUGGUGGAUCCUACAGUAUGAGGUUGCUGUAUUCCACUUCGUUCUAGAUGAAUUUGCUUUUCACAUUGCCACCGGGGUCGGCUUCAUGGACACUUUCAUUUCCGAGAGCUUUAAUUGCUUCAA